AUCCAUCUUCAUUUGUACUCCAUUCUUCGUCGCGAGCAGCUCGUUUUGGGGCAGCACAGUCUGUGAAGCAAUUUGUUAAUUUAUUUAAGUUUAAUUUCGAAAUCAUUUCGUUUCAACGUGUGAAGCCGAUUUACCAUGGCGUACCAGCUGACGAAAAUUGGAUCCGCCCUGUCGGGGAACCUGACCAAAACCGCUCUGCGAAGCAUCAGCACCACUGGAGCUGUGUACGAACCCAGGAAGCUCCCCGAUAAGACCGGUAAGAAUGUAGUGCUGGUGGACGGAGUUCGAACGCCAUUCCUCAUGUCCGGUACCGACUACUCAAAGCUGAUGCCACACGAACUGGCUCGUCACUCUUUGCUGAGCCUGUUGCGCAAAACCAAGCUCGACAAGGAACUGGUCGACUACAUUGUCUACGGAACCGUCAUUCAGGAGGUCAAAACGUCGAACAUUGCCCGCGAAGCUGCCCUGGCUGCAGGAUUCAGUGACAAAACUCCCGCUCACACUGUUACCAUGGCAUGCAUCAGCUCCAACCAGGCCAUCACCACCGGAAUGGGUCUGAUUGCCACCGGAACCUACGACGUAAUUGUGGCCGGAGGCGUAGAAUUCAUGUCCGAUGUGCCAAUCCGUCACAGCCGAAAGAUGCGUGCUCUGAUGUUGAAAGCCAACAAGGCCAAAACCCCCCUUCAGCGUCUUCAGCUAUUGUCGUCCAUCCGACCGGACUUCUUCAUUCCAGAACUGCCAGCAGUGGCAGAGUUCUCGUCCGGUGAAACCAUGGGCCACUCAGCAGAUCGCUUGGCCGCUUCAUUCAACGCUUCCCGCCAAGAGCAAGACGAUUACGCUCUCCGGUCGCACACCCUAGCCAAGGAAGCCCAGGAAAAAGGUUACUUCACCGAUCUGGUCCCAUUCAAGGUGUCCGGAGUAGACAAAACCGUUGAGAAGGACAACGGCAUUCGCGUCUCGAGCAAGGAAGCUCUGGCCAAGCUACGUCCCGCUUUCGUGAAACCAUACGGAACCGUCACGGCUGCCAACGCUUCCUUCCUAACGGACGGAGCUUCCGCGUGUUUAAUCAUGACCGAAGAAAAGGCAAAGGCCCUUGGACUGCGUCCAAAGGCUUAUCUGCGAGAUUUCCUGUACGUGUCGCAAGACCCGAUCGACCAGCUGUUGUUGGGACCCGCCUACGGUAUCCCAAAGCUGCUGAAGAAGGCCGGCCUUACGCUGAAGGACAUCGACUCGUGGGAAAUCCAUGAAGCCUUCGCCGGUCAAAUUAUUGCCAACCUGAAAGCCCUCGACUCGGACUACUUCUGCAAGAACUAUCUCGGUCUCAGCGAGAAGGUCGGAACCCCAGAUCUGAACAAGUGGAACAACUGGGGUGGAUCGCUCUCGAUUGGCCAUCCGUUUGCGGCCACUGGCGUUCGGCUCUGCAUGCACACUGCCAACCGGUUGGUGCGCGAAAAUGGUCAGCUGGGUCUGGUGGCGGCUUGCGCUGCCGGAGGACAGGGCGUGGCCAUGCUGCUCGAACGGCACCCGGAUGCCAACGCCGAAUAGUGGGUAAGAGUUGUGUUUUGAUUUCCCGUUGGGGCUUGCAUUUCGGUGUUGCAAGGGGAUCGUCACUUGCAGGAGGAUCCGUUAAAAAAAAUGUUUUCAAUAAGACUAGAAGAUCGGACAUCCCUUCCCUCUUCGACAAUCCUGAUGUUGUUUGUUUAGGUUUCACCCCAAUGUCAUAAGUAAUAUAGUUAAAGUCGAGUAUCAUGUUUAUUUUUUACACGUUUUUGGUAGCAUAUUAUAUCUAUACCUAUAUUUAAUGAAA